CCCGGUGUUUCCGGUGUCUCUCCGGUUCUCCGGUGCUCUGGCAGCUCGCGGUUCAGACCGGAGCUCCGUCUAUUGGACCGUUCAUGGACGACUCUUCCCGCCUGAGGACGUUUCACUGAAGCGGUUGAGAGAACCGAAGCGGAGCCACCUCUCCCGGCCCGGCCAUGGACGAGCAGGCGGGCCCCGGUGUCUUCUUCGGCGGCAACAACAGCCCGGGUCUGCCCGGCGGUGUCAGAGCUCCGCAGCCCGGUGACGGUGUCGGAGAAGCGGCCCGGGCUCACUACAGCGUCCCGGGGAUUCUCCACUUCCUCCAGCACGAGUGGGCCCGUGUGGAGGUGCAGCGGGCGCAGUGGGAGGUGGAGCGGGCAGAGCUGCAGGCUCAGAUCGCCUUCCUGCAGGGGGAGAGGCGGGGGCAGGAGAACCUGAAGAAAGACCUGGUGAGACGGAUCAAGAUGCUGGAGUACGCACUCAAACAGGAGCGGGCUAAAUACCAUAAACUGAAAUAUGGAACAGAACUGAACCAGGGGGAGAUCAAAGCUCCGAGUUACGACUCAGAUGAGGGGAACGAGAGUGAAGCUCCCAGUUCUCCAAACAGCAGCCAUCAGCUCAGCUGGAAACAAGGACGCCAGCUGCUCAGACAGUACCUGCAGGAGGUGGGAUACACCGACACUGUCCUGGAUGUGAAGUCUCAGCGGGUGAGAGCGCUGCUCGGUCUGACCCGAGACUCCACAGAGAAACCCUCAGAGAAGAAAACCGAACCCAUGGUCAACGGCACCGAAGCGUCUUCACUGAAGGACAGCGGCAUGGUCAGUAAACCCGACAUGUCGGACUCAGCCACCGUGUUGGAGGCUUUCAAGUUCAUAGAGAGCGCCGCGGCCGAGUUCAGCGACGAGGACGAGGAGGAGGACAGUGAAGGGAGAGACAAAACCAUCCUGGACCUGGCUACAAUGGUGAAGAAGAAACCGUCGUCAACUCCGUCCUCCACGACCUCUGACCUCAGCGACGACCGUGACACAGAGGAGGCGCUGAAGGGUUUUGACUUCUUGGCCAGUCCAGACGAGCUGGACGGGCCACCUGAGUCCAGGUGUGGCGAGGACAGCGGAGAGUGGGAGAAGGAAGAGUCUCCUCUGGGUGAGCUGUCGUGGGACGUGGACCAGGGACUGAUCGCGCAGCUGAAGGAGCAGUACAAGAAGGAGCGAAAGGGGAAGAAAGGAGCAAAGAGACCAAACCGGUCGAAGCUUCAGGACAUGCUGGCUAACCUGCGUGAUGCGGAGGAACUUCCCUCGAUGCAGCCUCCUGUGACGCCACCAUCACGGCCCAGUGUACCCAGACUCACCAGUGAGCAGGAAGCGGGACGCCCCGAGGACGAGACGAUGACGUACCUGCCGUCGUCUGGGAAACCGCUCAUCCUGGGCCGAGUGGACGAGGCGGUUUCUAACGAGCUGGGACUGGGAGAACUGGCCGGACUGACGGUCGCCAACGAGGCCGACACCCUGGCGUACGACAUCACCAACAACAAAGACGCCCUGAGGAAAACCUGGAACCCCAAGUUCACCCUGCGGAGCCACUUUGACUCAGUGCGGAGUCUGGCCUUCCACCCGGUGGAGCCGGUCCUGGUCACCGCCUCCGAGGACCACACCAUCAAACUGUGGAACCUCCAGAAGACAGCGCCCGCCAAGAAAUGUGCAGCUUUAGAUGUGGAGCCCAUCUACACAUUCAGAGCCCACAGCGGCGCCGUCCUGUGCGUCACCGUGAGCUCCAGCGGAGACCAAUGCUUCAGUGGAGGGGUGGACGGCACCGUUCAGAGCUGGAACAUGCCCAACCCCAACAUCGACCCCUACGACUCAUAUGAGUCCUCUGUCCUGCGGGGGGCGCUGUGUGGUCAUACGGACUCAGUGUGGGGUGUGGUCUACAGCUCGGCUCAUCACCGCCUCCUCUCCUGCUCGGCGGACGGGACGGUGCGGCUCUGGAACGCCGCCGACACCUCGCCGUCUCUCGCCGUUUUCAAUGAGCAAGGAGAGCUCGGUGUUCCCACCUCCGUGGACCUGGUGAGCAGCGAGCCGGCUCACAUGGUGACGUCGUUCACCUCCGGACACAUCGGCCUCUUCAACAUGGAGACUCAGCAGCUCGUCCUGAAGCUGGACUCUGCCGGACCGCCAGAGGCUCCCUGCAGGAUCAACAAAGUGCUGAGUCAUCCCACGCUGCCCAUCACCAUCACGGCUCAGGAGGACCGCCACAUCCAGUUCUUUGAUAACAACACAGGUAAACUGAUCCACUCCAUGGUCGCUCACCUGGACGCUGUGACCUGUCUCGCUGUGGAUCCAAACGGACUGUACCUCAUGUCUGGAAGUCACGAUUGUUCUAUCCGUCUGUGGAACAUGGAAAGUAAAACAUGUAUCCAGGAGUUCACCGCUCACCGUAAGAAGUUUGAGGAGUCGAUCCACGACGUGGCGUUCCAUCCCACCAAGUGCUACAUCGGCAGCGCCGGUGCAGACGCGCUCGCCAAAGUUUUUGUAUGAUCGAGAUGGACCGGAGCUCGGUGGACAGUGUGUUGGAAGAAGGGUGGAGUCUCUGGUCAGAGGGUGGAGUUUGAUUGGACAGCGAAACAGGAAACCGAGCUGCUCCUUGUCCCCGCCCACCUCCAGGACUCCGGCUGGCCUGGGUCCCAAAAACAAACAAACCUCUGGAUGAGAUGCCGAAUGACAGGAAACACAGCUGGAUUCAAGUGUAUGAGCUGGAAUCUGUAACAGGUCAGAAACCUCCAGCGCCAUCACUGAGCGAAGCGUCAUGAUAAUGUGCCUUUUUUCUCAGACUCAACUUCC